AUGUCAACAAUACCAUCUGCUGCAGCUGCAACAACCGCUGAUUUGUCAACACCGAAUGCAGCAUCAUUGAAGCAACUAAAAAGCAGCAUGCAUCUCGAUUUCUCAUCGCCUACAUCAUCAAAAAAGCAAAUAAUUAGUGCUGAUCUUCUGGAUAUCAUCAAAGCAUCACCAACAAUAGGGAAAAUGUUUUCCCAAGGCACAACCACGCCAACUCCUACGAAAUUAUUGUAUCCUUCUGAAGUUACAUUGGCGCAGCGACAAUAUGCUCAAGGUUUUAUUGAUGCAUUAACGCAGGUGCAGCAGUUGAAUGGAUUUGUUCCAUCGCCAGCACUUCUUAAUUCUCCGAGUUUUUUGGCUCCUUUAUUUCAAUCGGUUACCGCAUCAACUAGUAACAACGAUCAAACGAAGACGGUGACAAGUCCUGUACUUACCAGUCCAAACAGGCAAACUUGCGAUUUGUUCGAAUACUUGGAUAUUUUCGAAUUGCCUUUUCAUGAUUUCAAUAAUAUGAAAGAAGAGACAACAUUGGCAUAUGGGCAUAUAUUACGGGACUUGAGAAAGGAACAGAGGUGUGAUUGCUCGUCGUGGCGCAUCUCAUUUCUUACAGAUGUGCCCGUCAAGUGGGAUUUUGUAGAAAACUGUCUAGCUAUUGCAGAGGGAAGAUGGAAAGGUAAAAGAGUUGAUGCUGUUGCUGUUGCUGUUUGGAGGAAUCUCCAUAAAAACUCACUCAAAUGCAUUUCCCCUAUGUUUUGGCUUGCUUUGCUUGUUUUGGAUGAUUCACCAGUAGCAACAAGAGCAGCAUCUGCAGCGGCUGCAGCUUUGUACGCUGUACCAUCAUCAGCCCAUCCGGCGAACGCACUGUUUACUUUUCCAUUUUCACACCCAUACCUUCUACCCGCUAUUGCGAUAGUGUACCCUUCUUCCCUUCAUACUGACGGAUCGAUCCGGGAACACACUUCCUACCUUGGCUCAAAUAUUUUUAAUUACUUUUCCAUUUGUAUGACAGUACAUCUUUUCUGUGCUGCGUUAAUAUUACAUCAUUCUUUUUGA